AUGCGAUUCGUUAAAUGUAAAAUCAUUAUGUAUACAAUAUUUUCAAUCGCUUUAUUCAUACUUAUCAAACUCACCAUAUCUAUUUCAAUAUGUUUUUCUUUCUUUCUUUCUUUCUUUCUUUCUUUCUUUCUUCAUUUGUCACCUGGCUGGUUAGUAACUAAAAUGCACCACUCUCUUCCUAUCUAUCUAUCUAUCUAUCUAUCUAUCUAUCUAUCUAUCUAUCUCAGUCUUACAUAUUCAUUUUUCACUUUCUUUCUUUCUUUCUUUCUUUCUUUCUUUCUUUCUUUCUUUGUAUGUAUAUAUGUAUGUAUCUAUUUCAGUUCAAAUCUAUCUAUCUCAGUGUUACAUAUUCAUUUUUCUCUUUUUCUUUCUUUCCUUCUUUCUUUUUUUCUUUCUUUCUUUCUUUGUUUGUUUCUUUCUUUCUUUCUUACAUUCUUUCUUUCUUUCUUUGUAUGUAUGUAUUUAUCUAUUUCAGUUUGUUCAAAUCUAUCUAUCUAUCUAUCUAUCUAUCUAUCUAUCUAUCUAUCUAUCUAUCUAUCUCAGUCUCUUCCUAUCUAUCUAUCUAUCUAUCUAUCUAUCUAUCUAUCUAUCUAUCUCCCUUUUUAUUUUAUUUAA